AUGGCUGCAUGUCAGGCAGAAGCUGAUAGAAAUCCAACCUUGAAUGAUGAUGAUGAUGACGACAAUGAUGAUGUAAGAAGCCUUUAUUCACAGUUAAUAGUUCUAUUCAUACAUAUGCAUAUCCAGUCAUAUUGAAGGCAAACCUGUACUGGACAUUGGGCAAGCCAAACAAAUAUUUGAUGUGAUUUAUGAGAUUCACUUAUGUGCCUGCAAUGCAAGCUUGAUUUUUAUUUACAUCACAAUUAUACCAACCUAGAGUACCAGCUUACCAGCCUACCACCAAGCACCAUAACCACUAAGCACCAUGACCCCCAGAAUGUAAGUUGCAAACAAUAUAUAUAUAUGUAUAUGAGUGAUUGUUAAUAUGACUAUAGUUCCAAAGCCUACUACAAUAACUGGAAAUUGUACCAUCAUCAUUACUGACACUAGAAGUGUCCACUGAAAGAACAUUCCACAUAAUUGAGCAUCAGAAUGACCCCUCCUAAUAUAUCCAAGUAACCAUGGUAGAUAACAGUUUGCUUUAAUAUUUAAUAUACAUUUCUUCAUUUUUCAGGACCAAGUACAUCCAGAUAAUGUCACAGUUUGUUUCUCAGUGGAAGAGUUGGAGUCUUUUGAAGAAAGGCAAAAUGAAUCUUGCAGGGAUGCACUGGCAAAAAGUCACCAGACCCCCACCUUAGUGGGUAGGCCGAGAAUUUCUUAACACUAAGGUGUGAGUGAUUGGUGCAAUGUUUUCAUUCCAUUUAACUCUAUCAUGUUUUAUUAAUAUUUAAUUACAAGCAUUGACUUGAAUCAUUUUACUUGGUUGUAAACUAAGGUUAAUAAACAUUUUAAGUGGGGAGUUGGGCCACCCUUAUGACUGGCUUGUAAUGAGGACAUACAUAUUUUAAUAAAAGGGGAAUUGACUUGUUCCUAAAUGAUCCGAGUGUAGAGCUUAGUCAACAUUGAGCACUUGUAAUUUAAUGUUAAACUUGUUUAUUGCAUAUGGCAGUUGAAUUGGAAAGAGGGCAUGCCAUAAAAAGGCAUUUCGUAGGGAAUGAACAAUUAUUUUUGUUGAUAUAAAUAUAUGAGAUUAUUCACUAAAUACCAGUUGUAACAUUUAAGCAACAAUGGAGAGCAAAAAAUGUGUCGCAAGAGUAUUUUAAGGACGGACAGCAGCUAAAAUAGCCUGCCCUUCGGUGGGUCCCCGCUCAGAACUCAAGCUGGUUUUAGCUCAACUUGUGCUGUUACAGAGAGAACAUAUCUGAAGCAUAUCAGACUGGUCCCACCCAUACGGGCAGUCCAGAUCCGAAAUGCCAGCAAUUUCUCUCUGCACGAGAGAUACAGCAACCCCAGACGAUCGUUUCAGCCUUGUUAGGCAUCGUCAGUGAGGCAUAGCUGAUAUCUCUCUAGGCACCGUGAGCAAGGGGUCCACAUCUGGAUUACCCUUUAAACUAAUGAAGAGCCAUGUGCAUGGUUCAGGUAUGGUGUAAAUUUUGAGCAUGAAUCAAGCUGUGCAGAACUCUUCAGAUGACUUGUCCUGAAGAUAGUAUAGUAUCCCUUUAGAGGAACACUUUAGUGUUUGGAAUACAAAGCUGUAUUCCUAACACUAAGGCCUCCCUCUGACCUUGUACUCAUCCACAUCCCAGCCCCAUGCACAGCUGUCACCUAACUUUAUGUGAGAUUCACAAAAGUGAAAAUUUAAAGUAAAUGUCAAAUUUAAGGUCAAAAUAACUGAAUUGGAAAACAUUCUCUAAGUCAGCUUUGCUUUAAGUUUGGGUUCUUUGAUCUCUGACACUUUGAAUUGACUUUAAAUUCUCACUUUAGUAAGUAAGCCUGUGUUUGUGGUCUAUUACUUGUAACUUACUCCGAAUUGCGAGUAUAAGCACUCUAGGUUGUGCACUGAACCUACUAUAAAACAAGUGCAUUUUUUAUGUAAAGUUAAUGUGAAUUUUUUUAAUGUAGUUUCAGCACAAUCAUUUAAAAUCAUUUUGAUGUUGCAGCCAUUUGGAAUGUAGAAGUUUUAUUUUUGAGUGGCCUUUCAGGCAAGUGUUAGCUGCAAAGCAAUUCGUAUGCUCAAUAGUGGACCAUGUGCACGGUUCAGGUAUGGUGUAAAUUUUGAGCAUGAAUCAAGCUGUGCAGAACUCUUCAGAUGACUUGUUCUGAAGAUAGUAUAGUAUCCCUUUAGAGGAACACUUUAGUGUUUGGAAUACAAAGCUGUAUUCCUAACACUAAGGCCUCCCUCUGACCCUGCGCCCCCAGCCCCUGUUUAGUCCAUGAAUGGGUUAAAAAAAAAAAACUUUCAGUCACUUACCUGAUUUAAGAGCCAAUGUCCCUCGGCACUGGGUUGCACUCCUCCUCCACCGACAUCAGCUGAUAGGGGUGACCUAAUUGCACAUGCGUUGAAAGAGCAGCGUGCAUGUGCUUGAUGCUGGAUAUCCUUUUGCAAAGUUUAAGGAUGUUCAGCGUUGUUUCACGGAGUCAAACUGGUAGGCAACCACUAGAGGCAGUCUUAGCACUGCAAUGUAAACAUUGUAGUUUCCCUAAAAUGGAAUGAUUUACAAUGCAGGGCUAAGAGGGAUAUGGACACUGCACCAAGAUCACUUCAGUUUGAUGAAGUGGUCUCAGUACCUAUAAUGUCCCUUUAAUUAUGUUUGCUAAGGUUAUUGAUGAUGUCUUAACAAUUCUAUUUUUAAUUACAGGUUAUAUAUAUGCGAAACCUGAGAUUGUGUCACGUAUUCAUCGAGGAGAAGAAUUAUGUGUUAAAACCAAUUUGUAUUCACAAAACCAGAAAUGUGAAACAAAUCCCUCCACGAGUGAGUACUUCUUUUUCCAAUUUGAAAGAACUAAAAUUUGCUCUUACUUCAAAAUGGAGUGAGGAGCCAUCCCUGCUUUUAUUAAAUUCAAAGAAUAUCAAGUGGUUGAAAUUAAUAUCUGUGCCUGAUAAAAUGAGGACUUCAAUAUUGAGGUUUGUUGUGCUUCUACGAAAAGAUUGUAUGGCUGUUUUAUUAUUUUCUAGCAAAUGGGCUGCAGGCUAACCAUUUUUGUGCUGCACAUACUUGGCCUGAGAUUGGGAAGAGUUUGUGUGGCAUGCACAGCCUAAUCACCAAAUGUUUGAGACUGGUAUAAACAAAUCCUUCAAAGUAGGAAUGUCUUAAAAAUUAGAAAUGUUAAGAGUUUAUUUUCAGCAAUUAAUAAUGCAAAGCGAGUGAACAGGAUAAAAAUCUAAAUCAAAUCAAUAUUUGGUGUGACUAUCCUUUGAAAAGAGCAUCAAUUCUUCUAUCACACAGUUUUUCAAAGAACUCUGGAGAUAGAUUGUUCCAAACAAAUUGAUGAUAAUUACCGACAUAAUUGAUGAUUAUUAUUAUGUUAUUAUUUAUAUAGCGCCAACAAAUUCCACAGCCUUGGUGGAUGAACAAACAUGUAGUUGUAACCAGGCAAGUUGGACACAGGAACAGAUGGGAUGAGGACCCUGCUCAAUGAGCUUACAUGCUAGAGGGAGUGGGGUAAAGUGACACAAAAGGUAAGGAUAGUAUUAGACUAAUGACAGUUGCAAGAGAGGAAUCAGUCGGGAGCUAUUAACAGUUUAAUUGAUAUGCUUUUAUGAAGAAAUGGGUUUUUAAUGAUUUUUUGAAGGAGUGGAGACUGGGUGAGCAUCUAACGGAGGAGGGAAGUGAGUUCCACAGGAACGGUGCAGCACUCGAGAAGUCUUGAGCAUCAGAGGUGGGAGUACGGACAGAAGAUAGAUGUAAGUCUUCAGCAGAGCGUAAGGGCCUAGAUGGGAAUACUUGUGUAUUAGGGAGGAUAGAUAGGUGGGAGCAGCAUUAUGAAGAGAUUUGAAAGCAAGAACCAGAAGUUUAAAUUGAGCCCUAUAUCUUACAGGAAGCCAAUGUAGGGAAUGACAGAAGGGUGAGGCGUGGGAGGAGCGGGCGGACAGCAAGAUGAGUCUCGCUGCUGCAUUCAUUAUUGACUGUAACAGCACAAGUUGGGAGCACGUAAGACCACUGAGAAGCAGAUUACAGUAGUCAAGGCGAGAAAGGACAGUGGAAUGGACCAGCACCUUAGUCGCAUCUGGCGUUAAGUAGGUUCGGAUGUGCGCAAUGUUUUUGAGAUGGAAGCAGCAGGGUUUGGUGAUAGACUGACUCUGACCUCUCCUUUACGCCUCAUGUUCAAAGAGAACACCUAGGCAGCAAGCCUGUGUGGUGGAGCUGAUGGUAGCACUGACUUAGAGGGAGGGAGACACAGGUGUAGCAACAUUUGAGGGAGGAAAGACCAGAAUUUCAGUUUUCGUCAAGUUGAGUUUAAGGAAGUGGGCAGCCAUCCAGUUAGAAAUAGCAGAGAGGCAGUCAGAGACACUAGUCAAGAGGGACGGAGAGAGAUCAGGAGAGGACAGAUAGAUUUGUGUGUCAUCCGCAUAGAAAUGAUAUUGGAAGCCAAAUGAGUUUACCAAGGGAAGCAUUAUAGAUGGAUAACAGUAGAGGAACAAGGACUGAACCUUGUGGGACACCAACAGAGGGAAGGUGGGGAGAAGAAGCAGAGCCAGAGAAAUUAACACUGAAAGAGCGCUACAAUAGGUAGGAGGAGCACCAGGAGAGAGCAAUAUCUUGUAGACCGAUAUUGCGGAGGAUGAGAAGAAGCUGUUGAUGAUCAACAGUGUCAAAAGCCGCAGAAAGGUCAAGGAAAAUUAGGAUAGAGUAGUGACCACAAGAUUUAGCAGCGAGUAGAUCAUUGGAUACUUUGGUCAGUGCUGUGUCCACAGAGUGCUUAGCGCGGAAACCAGACUUAAGCUUGUUUGUAAAUCUCGCAUACACAACUCUUUCAAGGAUCUUGGAUGCAAAAGGCAGUGGCGAGAUAGGACGGUAGUUGGAUAGGGAGUUAGGGUCAAGGUUGAGCUUCUUUAGAAUUGGGGUUAUAGUUGCAUGUUUGAAGGGUGAUGCAAAUAUGCCAUAGGAGAGAGAGAGAUUGAGAAUUUUAGUGAGAGGUAGAGAAAGAGAAGACAGAGUACGGAUGCGAUGCAAGGGAAUUGGAUCUAGGGAGCAGGUGGUGGGGCAGGAGUUCUGGAGCUGAGCAGAAACCUCUUCCACUGUAGUGGGUGCGAAUGAACAUAGAACAGCAGAGGGAGUGAGGUUAGGGGAAGUAUUGUAAGGGGAAGAAGAAAGAUGAGAGAUCUCUUCCCUGAUUGUAAAAAUCUUGUCAGUGAAGUCAGUUGCAAAGUCUGAGGCGGUCAAGUUAGUAGGUGGAGGAGGAACAAUAGGGCGAAGAAGAGAGUUAAAUGUGUGAAAUAGUCGUUUGGGUUUGCAGGAGAGUGUGGUUAUGAGGGUAUUGAAGUAAUUUACUUUUGCAGAGAAAAGAGCCAAGCUGUAUAAGCGCAGCAUAAAUUUAUAGUGGAGAAAGUCCAGUGAGAUUUUCUCCAACAGCGUUCAGCAGUUCUGGAGCAUUUUGAAGUUAUCGAGUCACCUUGGUGUGCCAAGGUUGUUGGGGGCGCUUGCUGCAUUUAAUUGUAGGAGAUGCCAUGAUGUCUAGUUGAGAGGAGAGGGUGGAAUUGUAGAAGGAGGUUGCAAAGCUAGGACAGGUGAGGUUUGAGAUGGGUAAAAGGAGUUUGGAGAUUAGUGGAGAAAUGCUCUAGGUCAAGACAUUGGAGGUUUCUGUGAGAUUGAUGUGCCGAUGGUGGUGUCAAUUUCUUCUUGGGUAUGCCGAUGUAAAAAGUCAGCAGAGGGUGGUCCGAUAGAGGAAAAGGAAUAUUGGAGAGAUUAGAGGCGGUACAGAGAUUGGUGAAGGCAAGAUCAAGAGUGUUUCCCGCUGUAUGGGUUGCUAAAUUGGACCAUUGCGUAAGGCCAAAGGAGGAGGUUACAGAGAGCAGACGAGAGGCAUCAGUGCAGUUGGGGUUGUUGAUUGGGAUAUUGAAAUCCCCAAGUAUAAGGGAAGGAGUGCUAUAUGAGAGGAAGUGGGGAAGCCAGGAAGAAAAUAAUAUGUUGACACUUUAUAAAUGCCAGUAAUAAUAAUAAUAAUAAUAAUCAUGCACAUAUAUCAGUAUAUCUAGAAGAAUUUUGAAGGCAAAUGGUGGUCACACCAAAUAUAGAUUUAAAUUAGAUUUUUAUUCAGUUCACUCACUUUGUAUUUUGUUCAUUGAUUUUUUUUUAAAUAAUUUGUGUUUUUGUAAGCUUUCUUUCUUUACUAUAUUUUUUAACACAUGCCUAAAACUCUUGCACCAUAGUGUAUACAUCAAGGUUUAUGUGUUUGAUGCAUACUUGUAUGUGUAUUAUCUUUCACUAGCCCUUCAUCUGGCAUUUGAGUAACUGGAGCAGGGCAGAAUUAAUCAUGGCAGUCACCAUAUGCAGCUUCUGCCUAGGAGUGUGACUCUCAUCAAUCUUAGCCAGCUUGGCUUAUGUAUACCCUGGUGCUGCACUAAGUUUUAAUGACCCCUUAAUUAUUUGUGUCACACUGUGCAUUACAGUUUUUGGCUGCAUUGUGUGCCAUCGCCUGCUGUGCAAUGUGGGUUUUGAACAGAUGGCCUGCUGAUCUGCUGCCCAGUUAAGUAAUAGACAGAUCAUGUAAUACACAUGUUAUAAUAAACAUAUCAUGAUAAAUGAUGGAAAGCAAAACAUUGACUGAUUGUACAAUAAUAUUAAGAAAGACUUUGUUUAAAAUCACUUGCAUUAACCUGUUUCCUUUAGUCUAUAGCACCAAUUGUGGAUGACAAGUUCAUUUUCAGCACAGUAAAUAUCAUUGCUGUGGCCUAUGUCUCUUACAACAUCUUUAAUUUACUUAUUUCCAUAGGUGGAUAUAAAUUCAGCAAAGCUGAAGAAGAAUGUUCCAAAGACAGUGGGAAAUUGCAAAGGACUUAUACCAAAGGAAAACCAGUAUUGAAAACCAAAGGUAUACAAGAGGACUCAUUACACAUUCUCUCUCUUGAAACUGCACUGAGCAAAGAAGAAAGUUUUUCUAAAACUCAGACACAAGUAAAUAAACAGUGUGUAUCUACCUUAGCAGAAAAACACAUUGAAGGAAAUAUAAAACAUAUAAAGGCACAAGUAAAGCAUAAUAAAUUUAAUGAACAAGGCAAUGAAAAAACAACUAGCAUUAUUCCAAAGACAUAUAUAAGAAGGAAAUGUUGUAUGAGUGAAGGCGUAGGAAAUAUAACUUGCACUUUAACUAACAGUAAAACAAAAGCUAAAACUGUUAAACCAGCAAAAUCAUACAUGUGUGCUGUGUGCGGGAAAAGUUUCACACAAAACGCAAGCCUUGUUAUUCAUCAUAGAACACAUACAGGUGAAAGGCCACAUGUGUGCAAGGUAUGCGGUAAGAGUUUUAUUAGCAGUGCAUAUCUUGUCAUGCAUCAAAGAAUACACACUGGAGAACGCCCCUACGUGUGCAAUGAAUGUGGCAAAAGCUUUAUAAACAGUUCGAAUCUUAUCAUACACCGGAGGGUUCAUACAGGAGAACGGCCAUACAUCUGCAAUGAAUGCAGGAAAAGUUUUCGGCACAGCUCUGACCUUGUUAGACACCAAAAAGUACAUACUGGAGAAAGACCUUAUUCAUGCAGUGAAUGUGGAAAGUGCUUUUUUCGUAGUUCCCAUCUGAUCAGACACAAGAGAAUUCAUACAAAAAUUUAGAAAUCUGGCUUUAAUGAAUAUAUUUAUGUACAUAUUACUAUCAAUUGUGUUUGCAGGAAGUAAUGUUUAAGUUGUGCAUUGCCAAAUGUUUAAAUUAUGUCAAAAUUUUCACUUUUCUGAAAAUUCAUCACGUGAUAAAAUACAAUGCAUUUAGUUUUCCCAAAUCUUUCAUAAUGUAGCAUUAAAUUCUUAGGCAUAUAGUACUAAUACUGCACAUGUCCAGUAAACAGGCUUGAUCUUGUUUUUUGUUUUAUCUUCUGCUUUUUCUAGGGCUUGAUUAUCUAUCAAUUCUUUUCAACAGUCUUGUAUGUUACUGUUAAAAAACAUUUUUUACAACAUACCCUGCUAUUUUAACCACUUUUCUGGUUACAUAUGUCUGGC